AUGUCUUUUUCGAAUCUUGUCUCCGAUAUCGCCUUUCGAGACUCCAAUGCGGAUGAUCGCUCCCAGAUCUCCCACGCCCAAUCCCGUACAGCUCGAUCAUACACGAGUACGACAGCCACCAGCGUCAGCAUCUCAGGGGACAUUUCUAGCCAACUUCAUGCUGGCUAUAGCCACCCGUUGACCCGGUCAUGGCAGGCAGAGAGGCAACUGACCAAGGACAUGCUCAUCUACCCGCUCUUCAUUACCGACAAUCCUGAUGAAGAGACUGCUAUCCCCUCAUUGCCCAACCAAUACCGUCGGGGUAUCAACCGUCUCGUCCCGUUCCUGACCCCACUCGUUCGGAAAGGAUUGCGAUCGGUGAUGUUGUUCGGUGUGCCGCUCCAACCAUCGGCCAAGGAUGCGCUCGGAACCGCUGCCGAUGACCCGUCCGGCCCGGUUAUUCAAGCAAUUCGCCUUCUCCGUACUCGACUCCCCCAACUCUAUAUCACGACGGACGUUUGUCUUUGCGAAUACACAUCACACGGUCAUUGCGGUAUUCUUACCGAAGAUGGAACACUGGACAAUGCACAAUCCGUUGAUCGUAUUUCGGAUGUGGCCCUGGCCUAUGCUGUUGCUGGCGCUCACUGCGUUGCUCCAUCAGACAUGAACGACGGAAGAGUGCGGGCCAUUAAGCUUAAAUUGAUCGAGGCCGGCCUGGCACACCGCGUGCUUCUCAUGUCGUACAGCGCCAAGUUUAGCGGGUGCCUGUAUGGACCAUUUCGCGAUGCCGCCGGGUCGUGCCCCUCCUUUGGAGAUCGUCGCUGCUACCAGCUGCCGCCCGGCGGUCGUGGCCUUGCUCGACGCGCGAUCAAGCGUGACAUAAAUGAGGGUGCUGAUAUUAUCAUGGUCAAGCCUGCGAGCAGUUAUUUGGAUAUUAUUCGGGAUGCCAAGGAUUUGGCUCAGGAUCUUCCCGUGGCUGCGUAUCAGGUCAGCGGUGAAUUUGCUAUGAUCCAUGCGGCCGCGAAGGCGGGCGUCUUUGACCUGAAAGCCAUGGCCUUUGAAAGCACCGAGGGUAUCCUCCGAGCAGGAGCUGGAAUUGUAAUCAGUUACUUUGUUCCGGAAUUCCUGGAAUGGUUGAGGUGA